AUGCAUAUGAGAUUGUGGUGCAUUCUAAAUGUAUUCCUUCUUCUUCAAGCAAUCAAUUGUGAGUUCAAAGCUUUUCGAACCUCUUUGUUUCAUCAAGAAUUAGAUAUAUCCUUAUCUAAACAAUUUUUGGAGAUGAAGGGAAAAUAUUUGGUAGCGGUUAUUCUCUUGGUUGGUACGUUAAGUGUGGGGAUGUGUUCUAACGGUUGGAUAAGGGCUCAUGCAACGUAUUAUGGUGUUAAUGAUAGCCCUGCUUCACUUGGAGGAGCUUGUGGGUAUGACAAUCCGUACCACGCCGGAUUUGGAGCCCACACAGCGGCGCUAAGCGGUGCGCUAUUCAAAAGCGGUGAGUCAUGUGGUGGGUGCUACCAGGUGAGGUGCGACUUUCCGGCAGAUCCUAAGUGGUGUCUCCGAGGAGCUGCCGUGACGGUGACGGCUACAAACUUUUGUCCGUCGAACAACAAUAAUGGUUGGUGCAAUCUCCCUCGCCAUCACUUUGACAUGUCCUCGCCCGCCUUCUUCCGCAUUGCCCGUCGCGGCAAUGAAGGCAUUGUUCCCGUCUUCUAUCGCCGGGUGGGAUGCAAAAGAAGAGGAGGCGUUAGGUUUACUAUGAGAGGGCAAGGUAACUUCAAUAUGGUAAUGAUCUCAAACGUUGGCGGUGGCGGCUCGGUGAGAGCGGUAGCGGUAAGGGGCUCAAACGGAAAAACUUGGCUUCAGAUGACCCGUAAUUGGGGUGCUAACUGGCAGAGCUCCGGCGAUCUCCGGGGACAAAGACUCUCCUUCAGAGUAACUCUUAUUGACCGCAAAACUUUGACGUUUUUGAACGUUGUCCCUUCUUCUUGGUGGUUUGGACAAACCUUCUCUUCUCGAGGACGCCAGUUUGUCUGAAUAUAGUGCUCUGGUUAAACAACAACAUUUCAUUGUUUUACGCAUGAGGCUUAUUUCAGCUAUUUGCUUAUUUAUGAACUUGUCCUUGUUUUGAUUGGGCAAUGUUCUUUUGUUUUUAUUUUUCUUGCUAAAUAAUUUCAAUCUUGCUUAAUCAAUUAAAAUUUUAUUUAACCAAGUGGUUUUCUCAUUUAUGUAUGUAUGAAGCAUUCUCGAAAGUUAAUAGAGUUUUGCUAAGUCUAUAUUAAUGGAAAUAACAUAUUUAUAAGUUCA